AUGGCUCGUCGACAACCAGGUUCCUACUGCAGCUGGACAUUCCAGCACAACAAAGAACCUCGCAACAAAACACAGGCAAGGCAACUUGCCCCGCAGCGCAACAUUUUGACUGUAAACAAAACAAAAGAAAACACUGUUUACCUGCCAAUUUUCCCAGCUAGGAUAAAGAAGAUGUUUUUGGUGCGCAAUGCCGCCAAGCUUAUCUUCGGCUCUGGGAGUCAAGAGUCCCUGAUCGAACUCCCCCAAGGCCAACUUUACCUCGUCCGACCGCUCUCUCCCAAAGGCUAUUCUGAGCUGAUCUUCAAGGACGCCGCCGCCUCGAUACGCCGAACCGCACAAGACUUUCAAUACCAGCUUGUUGUUCAGCGAUUCUACGAGGAAGGAGAAGCCGAACUACUCAACGAGGGUGACGAGGAAGAAACCGCAGAGGACGCCCUUUCAUCGGAGCGCGACGAAAAGACCUUCCUCCUCGACGAGGCCCUGCAUCUGAGGGUUGAGAGCCGUGAGGGUUCAUCAGAACGCGUGAUUUGCUGGCGCGACCUUAGCGGCGACGCCGGUGACGUCUACGAGUUUGUCUGCGAUAGCUCGGCUGCCAGCUCCGCCGCAAGGGUUGACGACUUUGUGCGUAUCGCCCGCCAGUGCCAGUACGAGCGGAAAUAUCGCAAGCCGCAUACUACAGCUUCAGAGGCGGACCUCGAAAGUUUCGACUUCGACGAACAGCUCAUUCCGCCCGCGAGCCCGAUUCACAGUCCGUCCAUCAAUCGAACUCUCGAGGCUAACGAAUCCAUGUUUUCCACCAUCUCCAACACGCCAAACAAGGCGGUAAAACGGGCACCGAAGCCUGAGCCUGAGCCUGAGCUUGAACCUGAAUCUGAAGGUGAGACUGCACCUCUGGAAACCGAGCCGACGCCGACCAAGGCCAGCGGGGGAAAGGUCCGGGAGAUUGGUCCACCACCCGCAGCCGCGCCACCAGAGGCCACUGAGAUUCUGGCCGCCGAGUUGGGCGAGCUUCACUUCUUCGACUUCCCAUCUGGCGCCUUCGUUCUCCAAGCUUCUUCCGUCACGGCAACCGUUUCUGAGGUUGGGAAGUGGGAAUAUUGGCUUCAGAUCUCGAGCUCCGAGAAGGACUUUGUUGGAUUGCCUGUAGUUGCAGACAUCAACCCAGUCUUCAACUUUGAGUUCUUGUCGUUCAUCUUCAAUCACUUCUCUGACCAUGGAGCUGUCUCCUGGCUCGUCAGGUUUAAGGACACAGAGACACUUGAGCGUUUCCAGGAAGGUCUCAUGCGUGCUCUCUGGGAACAGCUGAACGAGAUCAAGUGGGAAAAGAUCAAGGAGAAGGAGCGCGACUAUGUCACUGAAGCCUUUGCAGAUUUGGCCAUGGAGGAUUCUCCUGAGGCGCAGCUUCUUGAAGAAGAGGACGAGGAGGAGGAGGAAGAAGAAGAAGAGGAUACGGACGAUGGAGCCAGGAGUGAACACUACGAUAGUGAUGAGGAGGAUGAUGACGUGGAAACAGGUCCCAAAGGCGGUGCCAAGAACAAAGCUUUGGCCGUGGGAUAUAAACAUGACAGGUCAUUUGUGGUCCGGGGCUCGCAAAUCGGCGUCUUCAAGCACACUGCCAACAACAAGCUGGAAUUCAGCACAAACAUCUCCAAGGUCGAGACGCCCAAGGGAGGUCUCUUUAGUCCGAAGAAGGUCAUGUUACACAACGAGGAUCGUAAUAUGAUCUUGCAGAACGACGCAGACCCUAACAAACUGUACCGCAUGGAUCUUGAGUACGGCAAGGUUGUCGAUGAGUGGAACGUCCACGAGGAUAUCCCUGUUGUGACGUUUGCGCCCGAGAACAAGUUCGCACAGAUGACCCACGAGCCGACCUUCUUGGGUAUCUCGCGCAAUGCACUGUACCGCAUCGACCCCCGCCUGUCCGGUACAAAGCUUGUCGACAGUCAACUGAAGCAAUACGUAUCCAAGAACGACUUCUCUUCAGUUGCAACCACGGAGAAGGGUCACAUUGCUGUCGCAUCCAACAAGGGCGACAUCAGACUGUUUGACCGGCUUGGCAUCAACGCAAAGACUCACAUCCCUGCUCUCGGAGAACCCAUCCUCGGUUUGGAUGUGUCCGCAGAUGGUCGCUGGGUCCUGGGAACAUGCCGUACAUAUCUUUUGCUCAUCGAUGCGCUCCAAAAGGACGGCAAAAACGAGGGCAAGCUCGGUUUCGAAAAGAGCUUCGCAGCAGACUCCAAGCCGCAGCCGCGUCGUCUAGCCCUGACCCCAGAGCACGUCGCGCAAUUUGCCUACGAAACCGGCAAAGGCGUUUCGUUCACGCCGGCGCGCUUCAACACGGGAUCCGGCCAGGAGGAGACGCAGAUCAUCACAGCCACAGGACCAUACGUGGUCGAAUGGAGUCUCCGCAAGGUUCUGGCAGGAAACAAGGCGGCAUACAAGAUCAAGCGGUACUCGGACGAGGUCAUGGCCGACGACUUCAAAUUUGGCAGCGACAAGAACAUCAUCAUGGCGCUGCCGCACGAGGUCAACAUGGUGGACAAUAAGACCCUCAAGAAGCCGACGAGGCAGAGCAUUGCAGGGAACGCGCUCCUCGGCGGUGGAAGACGCUCCUCGGCGAGGAUCGGCACUAGGGACAGCGGUAGGUAUAAGCUGGGCAAGGAUGACGUUGUCGACUCACCGUAUUGA